CUUCUCCGUCUCUCCUUGACAGAAAACAAACCAAAAAAAAAAACCAGCUAGAAAAAGAGAAGAGAAAGAAAUAAAUGGAUGGCAGUAUGAACCAUGGGGGUAUGCAAAUGAAUCAAACAAUGGGUAUGAGCAAGAAGAAGAUGAUGAUGCAUAUGUCAUUUUAUUGGGGUGAUAGCGCAACAGUUUUAUUCCAUCACUGGCCGGGGGAUAGUACUGGUAUGUACAUCUUGUCUUUGAUUUUGGUGUUUGUAUUGUCUGUGUUUGUAGAAUGGAUUGGUCAUUGUUCAAUUAUUAGAGCUGAUUCUAAUCAUGUUGCUGCUGGAAUUGUAAGGAGUAUAGUGCAUACAGUUAGGGUUGGGUUAGCUUACUUGGUUAUGCUUGCUGUUAUGUCUUUUAAUGGCGGUAUCUUCAUUGUUGCUGUUCUUGGACAUGGUUUAGGGUAUUUUGUAUUUGGGUCACAGGUUUUUAUGAAGACUGAUAAGAAUAAAACUCUUCCUGAUUUGGGUUGUUGAUGAAUUGGGGAUCGUUGGGAGGGGUUUUGGGUUGAAUUUUAGUUAGAAAAUGUUUGUAAUUGAUAAAUUAAUAAGAACUGUUAUAAUUUUCUACAAGCUAAUUUAAACCCCAUUUUACA